UCUCCUCGUCUUCGUUACUCCAGUCAUCGCGAUCAAGGAAUAUGUCUAAGGCCAAGUUUGAGAAGGCAGUCGAAAUCGUGCAGAACCUGCCGAAGGAUGGCCCGAUCAAGCCCUCUCAGGACGAGCAGCUGCUCUUCUACAAGUAUUACAAGCAAGCAACCGCCGGCGACGUUAACACGACACGUCCGGGCAUGUUGGACUUUGUAGGAAAGGCAAAGUGGGACGCGUGGAACUCCGUGAAGGGUGUCUCACCGGAGGAGGCUUACGAGAAAUAUGUUGCGGCCUUGAUCGAUAUCCUCAAGAGAACUGGGAACCCAGAGAGCGAGGCCUACAUCAAGCAGAUCGAAGCGGCUUGAAUGUAACGGUCGCACAUGUCUUUGGCAGAUUGUUCUGCGAUUGCGCAGGGUUUUCGGAUCCACCGUGGUCGCUCGAACGAACGCAGGAAUGCUGUGAGACUGAAUUGCACGAAUAUGAUCGGUCAGCACCAAGAUAGACUCCAAUCCGAUGUCGAAGGAGAUCC